GACGUUCACAUCGUUGACGUAUGGAUCAUUUUAUUAGAAUUGAUUAGAUAAAUGUAUCAAGGGCUAGCAGGGGCUUGCUCGUGUCGCCUUCUGUUUGAUUCUUAUGUUUGUGGUUUUCUUGAUUUGUUUCUUUUAUCUCGGAAUCCAGGGAACUUUCCGGUGUCUUUCAUUCGUAAUUGUUGAUUGACCAGAUUUUUGUUUGUGAGGAGAGCUCUCUUCUUUUGCGGAGACCGUUUUGGGUUAUCUCAGAAUUUGGAGAAGGCAUUAGGUGCUAGGGUUUUUCAGGAAAUUUUGAGUUUAGUGAGAGGAAGGUGAAGUUCUGUUGGAGAGCGAAACGAAGUAAAGUUGUUCAAAGGUUUUUUUUUUAGAAGGUUUGUUAGUGAUGAUUGCAACCAAGUUCAUCCUGUAGAGAUCAGAAGGAACUGCUUAUGGAGAUGGAAGGCAGGGGAUUUUCUGAUUUGCUUAGAAAUACUAGUGAAGAGAUCUUCCUUAAGACUAUGAUGGAGAAUCCAAUUGGGAUUACCGCACCAAGCAUGGAGAUGCUUGGGUUCAAGAACAUCACACAGUCUUUUAGGGGAGACAGUGAAGAGCUGUUUAAUAACUGGCUGACGACUGGAGAGACUCCUGCCUAUGGUUCGUCAGUUGCAGCUCAUCGAACCCGACAACCAUCUCGAAGGCUGUCAACAGAUCUUGCUCCAAACCAGCAAAAUGGAGUAUCAUCUCAAAAGAAAAGCAUUGAUGAUAAUCCAACUGCUCUCAAUUUAAGUGCCAUCAAUGAACAUUCAAAUGAUCCUAGUCAAUGUUCUCUAAGGAAUGCAGCAGAGAAAGGGAUGCAAUCCAGUAAUUUGUACUUAGCCAAGGCAUGGUUCCAGAGUAACCAGCCAAUGACCAGAAGUAGAUCAUCGGAACUAAGGAGGAGGUAUGCUGCCAUGCAAAGCUCACAAAUGUCAACACUUCCACAAGCAUCAAAUAACAUAGCCGUGUAUAAUGCCAACAAAGUGAAGCAAGAAUUUACAACUAAUUUCUGUGAUAAUCCAAUGGCUGAAAUGUCCAACCAAAUGCAUUCCUUCAUGUCUCCUUCUAAUUCAUCCACAUCUUUUAAUGUUCCUCCAAGGGUAACUAGUGACAGUGUUUCUUCAGUUGUGAGCAUGCUUAAGGGUACCCUAGAACGAAAAAAGCUUAACUGCAAAGUUGAAAAAGAAAUGAUGGAAGGAAGUUCUUUUCACCUUUUUAGUUCACAUGAAGCUGUGCCUAACAUUACAUCAAAUCAAGAUCCAGGUAAUCAGGUAACUGGACCAUCCACUUCCUUCCAUAUGGUACCCCCAAUUCAAGUUACAGGUCUAGGCAACUUUGCAAGGGUUGAGAAGUCUCUAGAGCUAAGCAUGGAAGGCUUCCUAACUCAGGCGAACCAAACACAUAUGGAGGCAGCUUCUCGGGAUCCUUCUCUAAGCGAAUCAUCUACUGCUGCACCUGAUCUUUCUACUGGCUUUGAUGUGUGUGAUGGCCCCGCUCACUCUGGACAUGCUAUCUCUAAUUGUGUGAGUUCCGGUAGACAUGCUGGUGAUGGCACUUCAGAUUAUGAAUUUAAGGCCAAUGAAUACCGGGAGAGGAUGUUUGAAAAUAGUUUUAAGGAUUCUACAAAGAAAUCAAAUCUAGUAAGGAUGGGGUCCAUAUCAUCAGCGGCUUCAGUGGACACGGCAGAUCCAACAAAGAAAAGGAGGGUUGAACGUUCCCGCAAGAUGGCUGAGGCCAAGGAAAGGAAUUCUACACCAACAUUGCCAUCAGAUAUGCAGGCAGUUCUGAAGAGAUGUGAGAAUCUAGAAAAGGAAGUUCGAUCUCUCAAACUGAAUCUUUCUUUCAUGAACAGGAAGGAUUCUGAACAGACCAAACAGAUUGAAGAGCUUCACAAACAAAAUGAUGAAUUGGCCAAUGAGAAGGGUCGCCUAUUGGAAGAGAUCGAGCGCAUAAUGUCGGAGUCUGGUCAGAUUUGAGGUCUGGAACAUCAUUCUGAUCUCACUGAUGUCCACAUAACUGCCUGCUUUCAUAGCAAUUGUAAAAUCCAAAGCAAAGUGGAAGAGAAAUUUUCUUUGCUUGGUGAUCUCAUAGCAAGGAUUGUAUCAAUAUGAUAGAGUAAAAUUAAAGAAGAAUUUAUACUCCCUGACUGUGUCAUAAAUACAAAACUAUUGUUUUGAAUUCUGAUGGAAAAUCUUGAGACUAUGGGCAUGAAUGCUUCGACUACAUAUCUUAUUGUGCGAUGAUUGUGUCCAUUCUAAUGUGUUAUUUCAAAUAAAUCAAUUGAUGUUGAGACAUUCAAA